AUGGAGCGCAAGCACCAACAACAAAAAGAAAAAGAGAAAAAGCAAACAAGCAAGAGGACUCCCGCGGUUGCCACCACUACCUACGAUGACACUGCGGGAGUUGGAAUUUCAUCUCCUCCUUUGACCCAGGGAAUGAUGGACAAUGAUGAUCCAGGGAGUGCCGUAUUGCUACAAGAUAUUCUCAACAAGCGAGAAGCGCUCGAACAUGCCGAAGCCAUGUACGUGGCGCGUACUAGUAGUUCGCGUGGUACCGCCCACAGAAGGAGUAGUAGCAGCAAUAGCAAUAGCAAGUCCCACGCCUGCUAUUAUUACAGUAGUAGCCAAGAGGACGGUCUGAUCAGUGGAGAUGACGCGGAGACGUAUGAUACGGGGGAUAUGGAACUCAUGAAGAUUGUCGAACAACGAGCCAGUUGGGCGUCGUCGACCGAACUACAUGCCAUGGCGGAUCAAAUAGAAGAUACCCUGACGGUAGGAUCCUCUUCGCCUGCCAGACGUCAGGUAUCCUUGCCAGGAGCAUAUGCCUGUGCUCCCUCUACUAUCAGUCCUACACUUCCCAGUAUGACUACACAAGACGAACCAAACCCCUUUGUGCCACAAGGCGUCCCGGAUCCAGAGUCACUUGUCGUCGUAUCUCAUCAUCAUCAUCGACAACAACGCCCACCAGCACCCUUCAUUGUAGAAGAAGAACCAGCCUUGUCCAUUCAGUCGGGAGCUACCACGCAGGCGACGGGUUCCGAAGAAGGAGGAUACACACCAUCGCCACCACGAACACGAACACGAGAUCGAACUUCCUCAACUCGCGCCAAACUCCAGCCCAUUUGUCUCUGGACACUCAUGCUCUCCAUACCCGUAUUGGCCAUCUUUAUAGCCGGGGGCGUCCUCAAGGUCACCAAGAAGAAGAAUGCUACCAACACUACGACACGACAGCAGUCUCCCCACAAGAAACCAUCCGUCAUGCCACCCACUACUACGAGUAUGACUACAGCAUCACACUUCCAGGACGACGACGACGACGACACGCCGCCACACAUCAAAGCUCAACGCUGGGGCGCGUACACGUCCCUCUUUGUCAACAACUUGGACUCUUCCAACAAGCGAACGAUUCCUUCCGAGAUUGCCCUCUUGACAUCGCUGGCCAAGAUUGACUUGAGUGCCAACCACUUGUCGUCAUUGUCAUUGGCCGAUGUGUUGCCGCUUUCGGUACUCGGUCAAAUGACGGCAUUGACGGAUCUUUGGUUGGAUCACAAUGCCUUGACGGGAACCAUCCCGUCCGAACUCGGAUUGUUGACAUCCUUGACGGCACUGGUGUGGAAUGAUAACCUCUUGACGGGCACCAUCAUGGGCAGCGAACUGGGAUUGCUCACGGCGUUGCAACGACUCCAUUGGAGUGGCAAUCAAUUGUCGGGUACCAUUCCCACUCACGUGGCAUCCCUCACAUCCUUGACGUCCCUGUCCUUGUCGGACAAUCGAUUGACGUGGACCAUUGCCUCUCAACUGGCAUCCAUGACGAGUCUCGUGUCGUUGGAUUUGUCCCGCAAUGAACUGACAGGAGAACUUUCUUCCGAAUUGGGACGAUUGACCGCCCUGAAAGUCUUGCGAUUGCACUCGAAUCGCUUGUCGGGACCACUUCCGACGACUCUUCCAACGGCCUUGCACGUCCUGUGGCUCCAAGACAAUGCAUUGAGUGGACGAAUUCCCACCAUAGCGUUGGGACAACUCGUGGCACUCCAGUCGUUGUAUCUUCACGACAAUCAAUUGUCGGGAGACAUCCCCGUCAGUCUUUGUGAUACCAGUAACGCGCCGCAGCAAAAUGCCGUAUGGAAGGUGGAUUGUUGGCCUCGUUCCUUUGCCGUCAAUUGCUCUUGCAGCAGUCACUGUAGUUGCAACUAA